UUCUCGACCCCUUCUCCUCCUCUCUCGCCACCACCUCCUCCGCCGCCGCAUCGCCGUCGCCGCCGCCGACGACGACGACGACCUCCUCCGCCUCCACCCAACCCCAUCUCCUCUCACUCCGGAUCUUCUCCGUCUCUCCCUUAAAUGAGCACCGUACUGGGCCUUUCCACCUCUUCCGCCGUCUCCGCCUAUUGCCUUGUCGACAAAACCCUAGAGAGAUCUAGGGUUGGGGUUUCGCGCACCUUCCCCUUUGAAUCCACCCAUCUAAGCUCCCGCCUUCGUGGUUCUUCGCUCUCUUUGAGGUCGGCGACUGGCCCCAUGGCUGCUCUAUCUUCUCAUGCUGGUGAAGGGAACAAUGGCCCGAUCGCGGCCGACGAAUCUUCGCCAAAUCGGAUUGGAGAGAUUCGAAGGAUCACCAAGGAGACAAAUGUGCAUGUAAAGAUAAACCUGGAUGGCUCAGGAGUUGCGACUUGUACCACCGGGAUACCAUUCUUGGAUCAUAUGCUGGAUCAACUGGCGUCACACGGACUUUUUGAUGUGUAUGUGAAGGCAUCUGGUGAUACACAUAUUGAUGAUCAUCAUACGAAUGAAGAUGUUGCCCUUGCAAUUGGAUCGGCAUUACUUCAAGCACUUGGAGAUAGGAAAGGAAUUAACCGGUUCGGGCACUUUGCAGCCCCACUUGAUGAAGCAGCAAUUGAAGUUAUAUUGGAUUUAUCAGGCCGUCCUCAUUUGAAAUACGACUUAAACAUCCCGACAGAGAGAGUCGGCACAUAUGACACACAGCUGGUGGAACAUUUUUUCCAGUCUUUGGUGAAUACAUCUGGGAUGACGCUUCACAUCUAUCAGCUUGCUGGGAAGAACUCACACCAUAUCGUCGAGGCAACCUUCAAGGCAUUUGCCAGAGCUCUUCGCCAGGCGACUGAAUAUGAUUUACGCCGACGCGGAACUGUGCCCAGCUCGAAAGGUGUUCUGUCGCGAUCAUGAGGUUCCGAAUCCUGCGUUGCGGAGUGGAUUAUCCAUUGUGUGAUAGAAGAACUAAUAACCGUCAAUGGCGAUUUCCACUUUCCCUGGUAGACGUGAUGAGUACUCCUGUAGCUUAAUUUAUUUUUUCAAUAAAUGAAGCGGAUAGAGUGCUAUCUAUUUCUCAAAAAAAAAAAAAAAAAAAUCUGGUUUACUAGGUUAUUUGUGUGGUUCCAUAUGUCAUCUCUUUCUUCUUCUUUUUCCUUUUUUUUAAAAAAAUUGUCCACUAGUUUCGUAUAAUAGGUAAUUGAACGCACCCAAAUGUUCGCCAUGUUCAAUUAGAGUAGAAAAGCCAAAGUUCUUGUGUAGAGCUACCUUGUAGUACUAGCAUAAUUAUUUGGAGUUAUAAAGUAAUUAGGCCGUAUUUAGUUUAAA